UGAGAUCAUGUAAGAUUUUUUAACUGUGCUACUUAGCUGUGUUUGCUCUUAGAAAUCUACAGCAUUAGGGGUUGUGUAGUGUUUUUUUUUUUUCCUGCAGAGCAAUGAAGUGAUAUGUCUCAACACGUGAUCAUGUGGUUAAAGGGAAACCAUAUAAACAUGAAGUGUUUGUUGGUAACACCAGUCAUACUGCCAUAAGACAAAGAGACACUGACUGACAGGCUGCUCUUCCCAACUCAUGACCAUGGAUUACACCGUUGAGCCGUUGACAACCACAGGAGGUGAUUAUUCUGGAUCUGACACCUCUGACUACAUGGAUUAUGAGACAGACCCGACUCAGACCACAGGCAUGUGUGACAGAAGCUGGGUCCGUCUGUUUCAGAGUCAGUAUGAACCUCCUCUCCUCUGGACAAUCUUCAUCCUUGGCGCCAUGGGCAACCUGUUGGUGGUUUGGAUCUACAGCACCGUGCGCAACCGCCUGAAAACCAUGACCGAUGUUUACCUGCUCAACCUGGCUGUUGCUGACCUCCUCUUCCUUUGCAUGCUGCCCUUCUGGGCCGUUGAAGCCAUCAAGGGCUGGGACUUUGGCAUUGGCAUGUGCAAAAUGGUGUCGGCUGUUUAUAAAAUCAACUUCUUCAGCAGCAUGUUCCUGCUCACCUGCAUCAGCGUGGACCGCUACAUUGCAAUAGUGCAAGUCACCAAGGCGCAGAACCUGAAGAAGAAGAGGUUGUUCUACAGCAAACUCGCCUGCCUCGGUGUCUGGUUCCUCGCCAUUCUCCUGGCUCUUCCUGAAUUUAUCUUCGCCCAAGUGAAGAUGGACCAAAGAGGGCAGUCAUCCUGCACCCUGGUCUACUGGAGCAACAAAAACAACCAGACUAAGAUACUUGUUUUGUCCUUGCAGAUCUGCAUGGGCUUCUUCAUUCCUCUCAUAGCCAUGGUCUUCUGUUACUCAGUUAUAAUUCACACUCUUCUGCAGGCCAGAAGCUUUGAAAAGCACAAGGCCCUUCGUGUUAUCUUCGCCGUUGUGUUUGUGUUUGUCCUCUCACAGCUACCGUACAACAGUCUACUCAUAGUCGAUGCCACGCAGGCAGCAAACACCACUAUCACUACCUGUGAAACCUACGUUCAUUUUGAUGUAGCCAAACAGCUCGCGAGGAGCCUGGCGUACACUCACGCCUGCCUGAACCCACUCUUGUACGUCUUCAUUGGGGUUAGGUUUAGGCAAGAUCUCUUCAGGAUUGUGAAGACGUGUGUUGGUGGUUUGAGCAAAGGAGGGCUCAGUAAAAUACAAGCAAUUCCUAAACGUCCCUCUGUCAUGUCGGACACUGAAACCACCCCAGCCCUUUCAUUAUAAAGCUCUUAAACCUGAGACAGAAGCCUUUGUGCUGUUUUCUUUUGGUUCCUCAUGCAUUAUUUCACAACACAAAUACAAAUUUACACUUUUAGAGCAAUAAAACCCCUCUUACAUUGCAUUUAUUACUCUGGAAUCACUGUAAAACUGUAUUAUAGUGUAAAUAUUGUUUUCACAAAUGUUCCAUCAUGUAUUUG